AAAAUGCUCUCCACCCCAGAAAUUGAAACCAUCUCUGGUGCAAUCUCUUCCAGGAGGAUAUUUGAGCCUUUUCCAAAUCUCCAAACGGGUCCAAACUAAUUCCCUGCCAAAACUAUCAGUGGAUUUCUUCUUUCUUAUCUCCCAUAAUGCCUUAUUCGAUUAUUGUCAAUGCCCUCCGUGCCUGCUCUUCUUCAGUCUCUUAAAACUCUUUAGUUUCUCAACUGAGCGAGUCAGAUGAGGCGCAGCCGCACUGGGGAAGUCGAGCAGGACUGGCGCAAAAGCCUUCUCGUUUUUAGACUAAGCCGUGUGAUCAGCGUUUUGUAUGGUUUUAAAUGAUGGAAUAUGGAAAUUAUAACAGUUGACCACGGCUUUGUGGCUGUGGAGUGUUUACGAGGCAUGGCUUUCGUUUUCAAUUGUUUUUUUCUGUCCUGUGUGAGCAAUGUUUGGGGAAAUCAUGUGAAAUCAACGCAAACUGAGAAUAUCUAUUUGGAUAACAUCACGCGUGUAUUGGAUAGAUUACUAGAUGGAUAUGACAACAGACUGCGACCUGGAUUUGGAGGUCCAGUUACUGAGGUCAAAACAGACAUCUUUGUCACAAGCUUUGGUCCAGUGUCAGAUGUUGAGAUGGAGUACACUAUGGAUGUAUUUUUCCGUCAAACGUGGAUUGACGAGAGGUUGAAAUUUGAGGGCCCCAUCGAGAUUCUGCGUCUCAACAACCUCAUGGUCAGCAAGAUCUGGACACCGGACACAUUCUUCCGGAAUGGCAAGAGGUCAAUCUCUCACAACAUGACCACUCCCAACAAGCUGUUCCGCAUCAUGCAGAACGGAACUAUCCUCUACACUAUGAGAUUGACAAUAAACGCAGAGUGUCCCAUGAGACUGAUGAACUUCCCCAUGGACGGCCAUGCCUGUCCUCUCAAGUUUGGUAGCUAUGCCUACCCCAUGAGUGAAAUUGUGUACACAUGGAAAAAAGGACCACUGUUCUCUGUGGAAGUACCAGAGGAGUCCUCCAGCUUGCUACAGUACGACCUAAUAGGACAGACAGUGUCCAGUGAGAGGUUAAAAUCCAACACUGGUGAAUAUGUAGUCAUGACUGUUCACUUCCACCUGCAAAGGAAGAUGGGCUUCUUCUUGAUUCAGACAUACAUCCCCUGUAUCAUGACCGUGAUCCUGGCUCAGGUCUCUUUUUGGAUCAAUAAGGAAUCGGUUCCUGCACGAACUGUAUUCGGCAUUACCACAGUGCUAACCAUGACCACACUCAGCAUCAGCGCCCGCCACUCUUUGCCCAAAGUCUCUUACGCCACGGCCAUGGACUGGUUCAUCGCUGUGUGUUUCGCCUUCGUCUUCUCAGCCCUCAUUGAGUUUGCCGCAGUCAACUACUUCUCCACGCUGCAGGCCAACCGGGAGCUUCGCAAGGCGGCCUCCAUUAAGGCAGCCCUGGAGGCAGCAGAGGCCGGGAGGACCGACGGGGAGUCCUCUUCGGAUGCCAGCAGUAUGCUGAAGAAGAGGAUAAACUCCACGCCUCACUUUGAGAGGCCAGCGGAGGUGUUCCCUAACCCUCCAGUGAAUGCCCAGGCCUUCCUCCAGCAAGGCUCAGCCGUGCCGUCCAACAACUUACUGACUGGCACCAGCAUCAUAGACAAGUACUCGCGCAUCCUCUUCCCUCUGUCGUUCGGGGCCUUCAACCUGGUGUACUGGAUUGUCUAUCUCACUAAGGACACCAUGGAGAUGACAAGGGACAGCGUGUGAGCCACCUGCAGGAGUGAGCCCCCUCACUGAUCACAUACGCACAUGGAUACACACACACACACACACACACACACACACACACACACACACACACACACACACACACACACACACACACACACACACACACACACACACACAAUUGUUAUUUUUAUGCUGCCUCCAUACAUCAUUUCAGUGUGUGAGGUUUUGAAGGGCUUUGCCAACUCUUGACCUGGGAGCUCAUGUUCACUCAUAGCUUGGGCUCUCAGUCUAUUUAAGAAAGGUAUUCAAUCUCUUUGUCUCUCGCACAUCCCUCUGUGUCUUCCCCCCUGAAGAGACAAUGUGCAUUUGAACUUCUCUUCCAUGUGUAAUGCCCUUUCCCUGUCGCUGCCUGAAUCAGUGGGUCUUUCCAAGAAGUGGCUGAGUGUCUGCCACAGGUCUGGAGGCAGUGGAGGCUCUUUGUCUGUAUAAAAUGACACACGGCUUGGCACCGUCUACCCUGGACAGUACUGGAACACACCUGAGGGGAGUAAUGUGUACUGACUGACUGACUGACUCUAUCCUCCCAAUUUCAACAUAGCCAUCUUUCUCUAUUUUUCGGUUCAUUGGUUUAUAUUCACUCCUCUCAUGGAACAUUUCUUCAAAGGGUUCUUAUUGGUUCCUCAACAAUGUUCCCUCAAAAAUGUUAAGGCACUGAGCAAAUUUCAGGUCUGCUGAGUGCAAAAUUGAAUGUUGUGAGAAUUCUGUGCAAUUUCCAGCACGAGUUUACUGUGAACACUGAGGCUGUACCCACUUUAAGUUAUAGUUUUAACAGUGGCCAAAUAGGCUACUGUGGCUAUUUGAUCAUAAUGUAGACCUACCAGAGUGGCCUACCAUCAAAAACAAUGGAGAACAUACAUCCCAUAACAUUUUAACAUGGAAAUAACUGUUAUAUUGUUUAGCCUACGGUAGCAGCCAAUUUGUGGUGUUCAAUGUAGGCCUACAUUCCAUGAGACUUUUGAAAAAACAUGCAGGGCUUGACAUUAACCUGUUUAUCCACUUGUCCUUCAGACAAGGAGGUGACUGAAAAUGUUGUUCUGUUGUUUGUUGCAAGAAUCCACUUUACAAAAUAAAAUGCAUUAUUAUUCCCAUACCAUUAUUACAGAGAAUCAGAUAAAUUAUGCUACCCUCUGCCUAUUGGCUACUUAGUUUAUUCAAGCCUGUCUCAAAAUACAACACUGCCCCUUUAAGACAAAAAAAAGCUCUUUACCUGACUCGCUUUUCAAAGAUGAUCUUUUGUGCUCUUGUAGGAAACAAUCAUUCCCCUAUUGCUGACUACAAAUGAUCUAUAACUGGGCUAACAACUCACUAACUAGCAAGGUUAUGAACAAAAUGUGCACAUGUGGCUACAUGCAGCUCUUGCUUUGAUCUCAAAACAAGCUCAUCUACUCACGACUGCUCAUGCUGUUAACAUAGUCCAGUUCAACGUAAAUGGCACAGAUCCAUUUAUGGCAAUGGUUUAUUUGCAUAUAGGCCUGCUGCAGCUCUGUUUGGUUAUGCUGCACUGGUCUGUGUAGUUCAUUUUGUUUUGGUAUGUUGCAUUGAAAGUGGCUAAUAUUGCAUUGAUUCGAUCACAAUUGCCACAGUAAAGGGAAACGAUAGUGUUAACUAACAGAGAAACAUCUAGAAAGUUGAGUGAAGUUCAAUCUCGUGCUUCUCUCUGUGGGCUGAUAUUUCUUCUUCGCGGCAGUCCCGGGGAGCUGCGUAGCAGUCUCUGGGCUACUGCUCGCCUGCAGGCAGCUUACAAUGAACAUUGUUCAUCACAUACAGUUUAAUAUUCACAGUUACAGACACACACACACACACACACAAACACAUAGAUACACACACACACACACACACACACACACACACACACACACACACACACACACACACACACACACACACACACUCAUUCACACACACACACACACACACACACACACACACUCAUUCACGCACACUCAUUCACACACACUCGCACAACCACACACAUACACACUCGCACAACCAAACACACACACUGUCUUGGAAGACAGUAAAAUCAUUGGCCUCUCCACACAGGUCAUAGAGCCAUCACAGGGCCUGUAUUUGUUGCCAUCCACCACCUCAAACUAAACCCUGGACUUUAAGGCAUUCACAAUCUUCUUUCCUUGCUAACUUUACUUGUCUAUAUUUGGCGUAUCGGAUAAUACAAAUAUAGUUCCCUGGCAACAGCCUGCCUCUCAAUCAAUGGAUGUAUUCUUUAAUGUCAGUGCUGUGCUGUUUGUGUUCAUGUUUUCCCUUUUUGUACUUUUAUGUAAUUGCAUCUGUCAUGAUUGGACUGGGAAGGAUGCUAAAGUGGUUUGUGGUUGGCAAUUAUUCAUUAAAUGGCAGCUUUACAUUUAAUUUAUAACUGAAUCCCCUCAUAAGCAAUUAUGCAAAAUGCAUUAAUAAAUUAGCUACUUUCUGGAUUUACAUGUGAUUAUGCACCAUUUCCAAUUAAAAUAAAGAAGUAAACCAUUAAAUCCACACGGUAGCGCCAUCUAAAUAUAUCCAACAUUGAUAUGUGUGUUUAUUGGUUAUUCAUGACAGUGUCGUUCCACUGGUUGCCUCCCUCAGCAAAACAUAUUGCAGCUUAUCAACACACUUCACCAUCACAACACUAUCAAGCAUCUCUUUCACUGUUUCAUAAAGUCUAUUAAUAUUCCUCCAGUUUUUAUGUCCCCCUCCCAAUAUUGUGAGAACUUUUGCUAAGAAAAAGUAGAAGGACUGCCUCUGUAGCUCAGUUGGUAGAGCAUGGUGCUUGCAAAGCCAGGAUAAUGGGCAGACCACUCAUACAUAAAAUGUCUGCACGCAUGACUGUAAGUCGCUUUGGAUAAAAGCGUUUGCUAAUUGGCUUAUAUUAUAUUAUUAUUAAAUGGAACCCUCCUCUUCUUUUGAUGUGGAGUCUGGGGAGACAGGACACUCCAGUGACUACACUGGAAGGCCCUGGAAGGGACUCCUUGACAUUAGACUGGCUGAAUCUUAACAAAGAGGCAAGGAAGUGGCUGAUGUAGAGCAUCGACUGAAUAGCCCUAUUGAAAGGGCUAUUCAGCUGAAUGAAACGAGAAGGGUAUCAAUGACCUUAUUGAUUUCCCUCAACCUGCCUGAUCAUCUUCAACUCACUGGUCUAUAUGGGGGACCAGCACUAGCAUGACCUGUGACCCUUUAGUGUCCUCCUUAGGAGUUUGGAGUGUGGGGGUUGUGAGUGUCGAAGACCAUGACAACAUUAUAUUUCACUAAAGGCAUGGGUUACAUUGAUUUCUAACCAGUAUUAUUUGCUCGUUUUUUUUAUUCACAGGCUAAGAAAAGUGUGAAUAUGAAGCAGUUUUAUUUUAAACACUGCUAUUUGUGUAUAUUUGUGAAUAUUUCAUGAUCAAUGUAUUUAUAGACUUAUAUUUUUAUUUCUUGGGAACCCUGCUUGACGGCUGUUAUCUUAAUUAUUUGUACUGAUCGGGGCUGGGUUUCCCAUAAACAUCGUAUCACUAAGAUCGUCUUUUGUUCAUUUAGUUUCAAUGGAAUUAAGAUGCCCUACGAUGUUUUUAGGAAACCCAGCCUUUAAAUGUAUUGCAGCGUUUGUAUAUAAUGAUAUUUUAGCAAAUGAUUUUGUGCACACACAUUAUAUUCUCUAUUCUGCACAUUGAAAUCCAUUUGUUUUUAUUUCCCCUUGGAGCCUCCGUUUUUUUUAUUGCCAUAGAAAACAAUAUUUUGGUGUUUAGACAUUCUGUAGUUUUAUUAACAAUCUCCACAUAAAUACUUUCCCUCAGGAUUGUGCAAAUAUUAUCAUGUUUAAUAAAUCCAAAUGAUGUA